AUGGACAGGAAGCGGAUGCACGUGGAGUUGUCUAAGAGCCGGCUGAGGGUGCAGCCGGGGAUGGGAGAGAAGAACACAUGUUUCCGGUGCGGGAAGGACGGCCACUGGUCUAAGGAAUGUCCCACUGACCGGCGGGCGGAGGACGUGGGUUACCCCGAGUACCUGGAUCCCUACUCGAUGGCCCCGCGCUAUGGGGUUGUUGAUUACUACGAGAAGUACCGGGCAGGGGCUUACGGAGCCGUGGGCAUCCCCUACCCGGACCCCUGGGCCACCCCGCUAGCCUCCUACAGCAGCACCAUGAGAGACCGCAUGGGCAAGGCCCUGGACCCCUAUGACCGCGAUACGUUGGCUCAGACGCAGCCUUACUACAGCCGGGAUCGCAGCCCCCUCCGCCGCUCGGCUGCCAUGGCCUCCUACAGCAGCAGCUACGGCUACGAGACUGGGGCUCCCCUGGCAGCCUCCUACACAGCCUCCUACACGGCCUCGUACAACGCCUCCUACAGUGCAGCCUAUAGCACAGGCUACAACACCUCCUACAGCACAGCCUACAGCACUCCCAGUGUCACCGCAGCUUCAACCUCAACCUCCACCCCCACUGACACCUACGUGGAGACACAGUACUCAGCCUACUGACCCCAGGUGCUAAUUCCCACCACAGUCUCGCGGGUUGCCGGCUCCGUCCGUUCACUGCUCGGGUCUU